AUGUCGGAAUCUCUACGGGCAGCUCCUUUGUCCGACCAUGCGAUUCAAGACCGCAGUGCGAUUGACAAUGAGCAUGGUCCUGUAGGCAACCUUCAAUCUCGUCGACCAUCACUACGAGCUCGACCACAGUCCUGGCACCCAUACGGUCCAGUGGAGCCUCCUUUUGAAGCGUCUUCUUCGAGGUCUAUAGGCGUGCACUCCAUCUUGAAUCCGCCUGCUCAAACAACAAUGGAGGCGGCCAUCAAUAGUGGUAUUGGUUCACGAAGUGCAUCAAGAGCAGCAUCCCCUCGAGCCCGAAAGGGUUCUUCACCUGCUAUUCGCCCUAUGAAUUCUAUCAUGCAGCAUCCAUUAUCUCCCAGGUCGGCCGGACGACCUUUGAUGAAUCCUGGUUCGCCAUCGGCGCGAUUUGUUGGUGGAGGAAGGAGCGGGCAAUCGAGCGUCUCUCAAUCUCCUCUAGUUCCUCAUGAAUCUUCUUUAGGCUUACGCCAGCCAGUGAGCUCGCCUCUUCCAAAUCAACCACUACGUCCUCUUGCCGCAAUGCCCGGUACACUGCCUCCUGUGGCAGGUCCAUUGCACUCUACACCCAGCAUUCACGCCAGACGUACCAGCGCUGGCCCUGCACCAUUGACAAAGCCCACAUCCCAAGAAGCAAGUCCCACCAGUCCACAUUCAACAUACAGCCAGUUUGGACGUGCUUCGCCAGCCAUAGCAAACGUCUCGAUUGCACCAAGUCCAGCUUCAUACUCCACAGCAUCAACACCUUACAUGACAAUGGAAACUCUCACCCGUGGGACACCUGCAGUAGCACCACCUCGCAGCAUCGAAGAACAAACAACCGCACCCGCACCUGCAGCAUCAAGCCAAGCACAAAGUGCCGGCCCCAGCACACCAGGAAGCACAUCCUCCCUACCAGGUCUAAUACCCUGCGUACUAGAUCUAAAAUCCGGCUCAACAAGCCAAGCCGAAAAACGCAAAGCAAACAGCGACGCAUCACGCCGUUUCCGCAACCGCAAGCGCAAUGAAAUGCAGCUCGAGCAACGGCUAACCUCACAACAAGACGAGAUUCGUCGCCAAAGCGAAGAAAUCCGCUCCCUCCUCCAACAACGCGAUCACUAUAGAUCUGAGCGUGAUUUCUUCCGUGAUUACCUCGGCCGCUCAAUGUCUCUUAGCCAAGUACCUCCUCGGCCAACGUCGCCCCGUUCUUCUUCUGUUAUUCCUGCUCCAUUACUCCCCACUCCGGUAAUGGAGACAGCUCCUACACCCACUUGGUCUGGUGGGGAUGCGGUGAGAUCUGCGCCUGGUGAGCAGUCUACAUCUAGGCCGCAGGCUAGUUGGCCCGGAACUCCGGUGCCAUGUGCCGCUGUACCGCAGGAACCUAUGCCGAGGGCUAUUGGUAGUGAUGCGGGUUCUUCUGCGCUGCCUGUUUCUGGAGGACCUUUACCUCCGUUUCAAGGGUCUUGGUCUCGACAAUAG